UCUGAAGACUUUUAUAGCAAAUCCUCCAGUGUCAAAAUGAACACAGAUAGCGGUGGGUGUGCUCGCAAACGUGCUGCAAUGUCUGUCACAUUAACAGCUGUGAAGAGAGUUCAGAGUUCUCCAAACCUGUUGGCCUCAGGGUCUGAUUCUCACUCUCCAGAUUCAGCUUGGAGAUCUUACAACGAUGGAAGUAGAGAGACACUGAAUGGAGAUGCUAGCAGUUCAUCCCUUACAGCAAAAGGUUUUAGGAGCGUGCGACCAAAUCUUCAGGAUAAAAAAUCACCACCUCAGGCUCAGAUCACAGUGAAUGGGAACUCUGGCACUGCUGCCAGCCCAGUGAGUCCCUUUCAAAGGCCUUUUUCCCCUUCUUCAGCUUACCCUCCACCAGCUUCGCUCAAUUCCAACGUCGUUAUCAUGCAGCAUGGCAGGAUGAUGGGUAAGCCUCACACAGAAUGUUUGCUUUACACCUUAUGCAACAUACGCCAAGUCUGCAAACCGUUGCAGCGUACUUCGUGUUCAUAA